GGCGUGUAAAAUUAUAUAAAUGAAAUCCCGACCCAGAUACUUUCCCAGUAAUAAAUCGUAGGUAACAGUCCUACUGUUUACGGUGUGGUGACCUUUCCAAGGUGUUCUAUUAUUACGCCUCAUAACCGCGAGCAUCCUGCGACGUCCGCGUCACGAGGUCCCUACGCGGUUUUAUGAAUAAACACGCGUUUUUGUUGGCCGCUCGCGACGGAUAGCGGACGCGAUAGCGAUCGAACGUGAUAAGGCGGCCGAUAAGCCGACCACCUCGAUAGGACUUCGGCAAUCACACACGCACACGGACGACGUAUAUCUGACACUUAUCAGUCGAGAUUGACCUGCACAGUCGUUUUCCUCCGCGAACGCGAUCCGGACGCAGCGCGGUACCCGUUCGUAAAAAUCGUGGAAACCUUCGACGACGCGAGGAGAGCAGCGCGUAUACGCGGUGUGUGGUGGUAAUCUCGGGGUGGUAAUUUCUCUUCCAUGCGACAUGGAGCUGAUGGAGGUGUUGGCGAUCGGCGACGAUGCCGAGGCGCAACAGAUGCUUAGGCCUGGUCUCAAGGAAACAGAGAAAUAGCGGAACGAAGUUAUUCUGAUUGGCUACUCUCCCACCUAGAGAGCCUCGGGAUGCACCUUUAUAGAAAGACGGAGACGAACAAUGUUAAGCCAAGGAGUAGAUCCAAUUCGGUGGUUGAUUCUAGUUCAUGCUUUAGAAAAUACUCUGCGGUUUUUGAAGCUAGGAAUAUCCGAAACCGGAGCAAAUCUGUAUCUACUACGGAUUACUUUAUGUCAACGGAGCAGCAAGAAUGUACGGACGAUUUGUGUAUUGCCGGACCGUCCCAAUCCAACGAGACGAAGAAAUCAGACACAACCGACGCUAAAGCCAAUAACGUCCCACUUAACAAAAUUAGUGACUCUGCUUGCACCUUCAAAGAACCCACUGCAUACGCGUCAGUAGCGAAGGACGCGGAAUCCUAUAACAUGAAUCACAAGAAUCGCGGCAUGUGCAUAAUCUUCAAUCACGAAAAAUUUGACUUGAGCUACGAUACGCGAGAAGGUUCGGCAUUGGACGCGAAAAGAUUGGAGAAAACUUUCGGGGAUCUUGGAUUCGACGUUGAACUUUGCCACGACUUCACGCACAGCGAGAUUAUAGAUAAGAUAGAGAAAGUGAGUCAGGUCGACCACACGAAUAAUGACUGCCUCUGCGUGAUUACGCUAACCCACGGGGUCCAAAACGACCUGAUAUGUGCGAAGGACGUCAUUUACAAGUCCGACAGGCUUUGGAAGCCUUUCGCCGGUGAUAAAUGUAUAACCCUCGCGGGCAAGCCUAAGUUGUUCUUCAUCCAGGCUUGCAGAGGCGACGAAUCCGAUAGCGGUGUUAUGCUGUCCCCUCGGACUUUAAUCAAAACGGAAACUGAUUCGGUAGUUUCUUAUGCUAUUCCGACUCACGCAGAUUUUUUGAUAGCUCACAGCUCGGUUCAAGGCUUCUUUACCUGGAGGAAUCCCUCAGAAGGCACGUGGUAUAUACAAUGCUUGUGCGACAUCUUGGAUGAACACGGGACAACGAUGGAUUUGAUGAACAUAUUGACACUGACAGCGCGAAAAGUCGCCACCGAAUUCUCAUCCGUUAAUACCGAUAAUUUAGCUUUGCACAAUAAGAGACAAGUGCCGUCGGUGACGACGAUGCUGAUCAGAAGCGUUUACUUUCCACCAAAAUUGAGAAAUGAGUGAUCUUAUAAGGCAAGUUGCGACAAAAUUUCCGGAAGGCUAGAAACCUGAUAAUAAUGUAGAAUUUUUUGAAUUACUUAUAAUUACUGAAUAAUUAAGUAAUUGUAAUUGUCCUGGUAAGCCAGGUAAGUAACGACGGAAUAAAGAAGAGCCAGCUACGUGCUAAAAAGUUAGAAAUAAGUGAAAUAUCUUUUGUAAGAUCGAAUUAAGAAAAAGAAAAUUUCUUUUCUGGUUCUUUGCAGACGUUAAUAUCUUUAUGUAUUCUUUUUGUAUUCAAUCCGAAAAAUUAUUCUAAUAAUGUCACGACGUUGUAGGAAAUUAAUAACUAUCGUGUUUUCUAGAAUAGAUCUAUUUAGCUCUACCUAUUUUACGGAUUAUUUCAUGAUAUUGUUUCUAUUUUACACGCUAAAUGUACGAUUUUUAUUUUACAAAAAAUUUCAAUACAUAAAUAUCUCGUGUACUUAUUACUAAAAGUAAAUUUAAUAACAUAAAAUUAUGAAUGUAACAUUUUAUAUUAUAGAAUCUAAUUUUAAGUUCUACCUUAUUUCAUAGUAUUAGUUCUCAUUUUAUAUACGAAAGCAUUAUUUUUAUGUUUUAUACAAAAAAAUUGUAUAUAUACCACAUAUUAUACAUAUGAAGACACGUAUUAUGUAUGUCGCAGCGAUUUUGUGUAAUUUGUUUUUUUUUUUUUUGCAAAAUUCCUAGGAAUCCACAAAAAACCGGGAUAAUGUGGAAUGAGUAAAAAUUAUAAAUAUAAAUAUAAAUGUAAAUAUAAUUUAUAAAUGUAAAUAUAUUAUACAUUUAUAUAAUUAUUUUUAUAUUUAUAAAUAUAAAAUAUGAAUUAAUAAAAAUUUUAACUCACAAAUUUCACUGACAAAACCUAGGAUUUUGCAAAAUUACUAGUAAGAUUGUGUAACUCUUAUUCCAUGAUAUCCCGGUUUUUGUGAAUUCUCUAAGAAUUUAAAUAAUAACAAAAAAUACACGAAAUUCCUGCGACAUAUAUAUGCAUAAUAACUAAAAUAAAUAGAAUAAGUUGUGCGCAUAUCGUAGAUCAUGUUCUAGAUAUACAAAUUAGCAGAUAAUUAAUUUGUAAUUUGAUAACAUUUCUUACGACGACCUUGCGAAGAUUUUUAUGUUUCAAUAAAGGCAACAGUUAAAUCGA